AUGGCGGGCCGAGGACUCUACACAGCAGCUGGGAAGGUCAAGUUCAUGCCUGACCCAGCUUGGGGAAAGUUCCAGGGCGGAGGGGUCGAUGCAAGAGGGAACCAGAGGGCAGCCCUGGGGAGGGAAGAAGAGGAGGAGGAGGGGGAGGGUUCCCCGAGUGGUCCCGGGCUUGUUUCUCGCAGGUUUUGGCUGGUGAUUAAGGAAGACGGACACAUGGUCACCGCCCGCCAGGAGCCCCGCCUGGUCCUGGUCUCCAUCGCCUACGAGGACGACUGCCUGGUCUUCAGGGCGCCCGGCGCGGAGCAGCUGGUCUUGCCCAGCAAGCUGCCUUCUUCCAACGCCGUGCACGACUGCAGGAUUUUCGGUCUUGACAUUAAGGGCAGGGACUGUGGCGACGAGGCCGCUCUGUUCACCAGCUUUUUGAAAACGGAGGCCUUCAGGCUGGUCCAGUUGAAACAGCAUGAAGGGAAGGGCGUCGAGGAACAUUUCCCGUCUUUCGUGCCGGACUAUGAGGUGGCCUACCCGGACUGCAGCCCGGUAAUGAUCAUCUCGGAGGCCUCCCUGGCGGAUCUGAACACCAGGCUAGAGAAGAAGGUGAAGAUGGAGCAAUUCCGGCCAAAUAUCGUGGUGACGGGCUGCGAUGCCUUUGAGGAGGAUACCUGGGACGAAAUCCGAAUUGGCAGCACGGAAAUGAAAAAGGUUUUGGCUUGCCCCAGGUGCGUCAUGACCACGGUGGACCCGGAUACCGGAGUGAUAGACAGAAAGGAGCCCCUGGAGACGCUGAAGAGCUACCGCCUGUGUAAUCCUUCCGAGAAGCACAUCUACAAGUCAUCCCCACUUUUUGGGAUCUAUUAUUCGGUGGAAAAAAUCGGAAGCUUGAAAGUGGGCGACCCCGUGUACAAGAUGGUGCAGUGACGGACCCGCGGGGUGAGUGACGUGGGAAAGGCCG